GGAACGAAAAAGGAAAGCGAACACGGAGGCCCGCAAAGUGGGUUAGAAGAUUAUGAAUUGAAUGAGAAGAAAUCAUAAGAGAGAGCGAGGGGACCGUUGGCGGAGGCCUAUUAUACUUCGGUGCCCUCCGCGACUUUCGCCCCGUGACCGCCGGAAGUACUCCCCGGCGACCAGGGCGUGUGGCGCGCACGCGCAGUGGUUGCGCGACCCUUUCCCCACAUGUGCUAGGGCGGCGGGUCACUGGCUCGAGUGACGGGAGCGCGCGAGGGCGAGAGCGGCAGAGCACCCGCAGCAGGCGCCAUGGCAGGGCAGGCGUUUAAGAAAUUCCUUCCACUCUUUGACCGGGUCCUGGUCGAAAGAUGUGCGGCCGAGACCGUCACCAAAGGCGGCAUCAUGCUCCCGGAGAAAUCGCAAGGGAAAGUGCUGCAGGCCACAGUGGUGGCCACCGGGUCAGGCUCUAAAGGAAAGGAUUUUUACAACUGGCCCGAUGAAUCCUUUGAAGAAAUGGAUAGCACGCUGGCUGUUCAACAGUAUAUCCAGCAGAACAUAAGGGCAGACUGUUCGAACAUUGACAAAAUUCUCGAACCUCCAGAAGGGCAAGAUGAAGGCGUAUGGAAGUAUGAACACUUAAGGCAGUUCUGUCUUGAGCUUAAUGGCCUUGCAGUUAAACUUCAGACUGAAUGCCAUCCAGAUACCUGCACGCAGAUGACAGCGACCGAACAGUGGAUUUUUCUCUGUGCAGCCCAUAAAACUCCCAAAGAGUGUCCUGCCAUAGACUACACCCGGCACACGCUGGACGGAGCUGCAUGUCUUCUGAAUAGCAAUAAAUAUUUUCCCAGCAGAGUUAGCAUAAAGGAAUCCUCCGUAGCAAAACUAGGAUCAGUCUGCCGUAGGAUUUACAGAAUAUUUUCACAUGCGUAUUUUCAUCACCGUCAAAUAUUUGAUGAAUAUGAGAACGAAACCUUCUUGUGUCACCGGUUUACCAAAUUUGUGAUGAAAUACAACUUGAUGUCCAAGGACAACCUGAUUGUCCCGAUCUUAGAAGAGGAGGUACAGAAUUCGGUUUCCGGCGAAAGUGAGGCAUGAUGGGGAUCGUGGACUGUAACGAACACACAAUUAACACGAUGUACUGUAUAUGUCAUUUUAGAAACUUCAAUCAUGUAUCCUUAGCGCUCUGGUUAGUAAACCUUUUGUAUGCUGUGUGCGUUUCCUCUUAAUAUGGGAUAUGGUUUAAGUUAUUCGUGAACUGUAUAUUCUUCAUUGUGGCAGUCAUGGUUUUUAAAUAAAAUUAGAGUUAUCUGUUUAUACUGCCUGUUAAUAAAAAGAAUUUACAGUUCUGAAAAAAAAUUGCUGCUAAACAAUCAUUGGAUCACAAUCUUCAAAUCUUGUCCAAUUUCAGUCUAAUAAGUUAAAGCUCCUUCUACUAAUGAAGUUUGGAAUUUUUAACCUUUUAUUCUCGGUCUGACAUUUUAGUUACGGAAAACUGCAAGUCCGUAGAAGUCCAAUUCUGUAUUUUAUAGAAAUUAUCCUCGUCUUAGUUCCUAGACUUUUUUUGCUUUUGGGUGUGCGCAUAUGUAGUGCUAAACUAUAGUAAUAUGUGUGUAUCCAAAUAUCCAUUAUUACAGUAUUAUUAAUACCAAAAGGAUAAUAGUUUUUUAAAAUUAUGUUGCCAAAAGCGUAUCCUAGAUCUGUUUCUUUCUGGACUUGCCUUUUUGUCUUGGUGGAGGCUCGUGCGUCUCAAAAAAGCUUGUCCCCUGAAGGCAAAGACUCUCCUCCACUGUGUGUCUACCUGCGCCGCUCCCUGGCGGAUAAAACCAACAUGUCUCCCCUCUUGCCUCUAGUGAAGUACUCUGUGGCGUACGCCUGUGCAUUAUUUAGAGGAAUGGCUUACAGACUAUACCUCGCAUUAGAUGUUCAUGUAAACACUACAGCGGUGCGUGCGAAGAUAACCUCCCUCGUUUGUAGCAAAAGAGCUCCCUGUUCUUAGAAGCUUGAGUUGACCCAUCACGUUGUGUGCAACUGGAAUCAGUCCUCUCUUUAUCCACCCCUUAAGAAUAACAUCUCUGCUUUUAUGUUCCAGUAAUAGGGUUUUGCCCCUCAUUCCUUCUUUAAACAUGUCUUUAAAUGGCAUUGGCAGGUUGGCGUCAUUGCCGAGGUUCCGUGAGUGUGCAAAGUGGUGUAGGUUGAAAUAUCUCAGAUGGCGGCAGAACUGUUUUCGAGAAAGGAUGUCGAAUGUUCGGCUACAUCAGAUAGACACAAAUGCCGAAAUCUAAAAGCACUACCGAUCUUUGUAUAUUUAAAUGGGACUCGGUGAGAUGUUUUAACUCUCUGAAGUUGGUAUCUUAACCAAUCCCCCUUCUCUGUCUCUCCGAGUAGAUACGCUUCAGCCUUAAUGGGCCAAAGCUUUUUUGUUUCCUUUCUAGGGUUACUCCGUGAUCCAGGAAUAAAGAAAUCUAAUUUAUUUGUCACAGUCCUACUUCUGUUUCAGAACACAUAGUGGACGUGCCUUAAUUGCAUAUAAGGGAUGACCAACUGGGCACAGCUUUAGCAACUUUGCUACCUGGGCAUAAAGGGAAGUGGGAAACUGAGGCGCGAGGAAGAGACUCAGGUCUUCAGAGGGUCGUGGCACAAGCCCACUGACUUGAUCGGGGCUGGGCUGGUGGAGUCACUUGGAGGACUGACCCACAAUUUCUCCAGAUUUCUCAUCCAGGUCUCCUCCCUUGGCGGCUCUUAUUUUCGGUUUUGAAACGGUCUUAAUGGUCAACAGGGUCCUCACAUUGGAUGUGUUCUUAGCAACGGCAUGUUGCCGUGGCAUCCGUGCGCAGCUGAGGCUUACCUUGGGCAACACAGCUUCGGUUAGUACCUCAGAGCACGUGGCUAAGGAAUUGUGUUUCGGAGGUGGCAGGAUACAUGUGGCGUUACCCCAACUGGCGGUUCCAGUGUAGUCUCUCCCCCCCCCCGUCAGAACGAGUCGAUCAGCAAAAAGGAUGGCGCCCUGAACCACUUAUGUGACAGUGUGCGGCGCUUGACUCGGCAGGGAAACGGUAAACAGUCUUGGUUUCCCGCUAAAUGCUUGUAAAAGUAAUCGGUCUUAUUUUUUGCUAACGAUUUUGAUUCUGCUGCACUGUAAAACUUGACUCUAUGUAAUCCAAGUCCGGUGAACGGCCUCAACGGGACGCUGCUUGUGACGCUUUGCUUAACGCUGCUGACUUCGAGUACCUCUGAUAACAUGUUUGCAAAGUAUAUGCCUGCCUGAUUCUCUCUGGAACGUCCGUAAAGCUUCAGUGAACUAUUGACUUUGUAUGGUAAAAUAUUAUUGAGGGUUUAACUUAACAU